AGCAGAAGCCAUCCACUCCUUCGCGCACUGGGACUCUAUGGUUCAUGGGAGGACUGAUAGUCGUUCAACCAUAGAGUACGGGAGAGGCCAUUACCGGAAGUGGUGGCGGCUGUUAUCUACCCUCCCUCUUCCUCUCCUGGACCAUGGUCCCUUCUUCUUUCCCUCUGAGGAAGAAGAAGGAGAGGGAGGCCGAGGAAGGUGGUGCAGUGGCAUCAGAGACAUGACUUGGACCACCUCUUAGCAGCAAAACAGAAGUCAGGACCAUGCGGUCUCUCCAGGAGAUGGUGUCCUUUGAGGAGGUGGCUGUAUAUUUUACGGAAGAAGAGUGGCAUCUUCUGAAUCUGGACCAAAGAGUUCUGUACAAGGAUAUCAUGCUGGAGAAUUAUAGGAACGUGACCUUUCAGAGCAGCAUCAUCCCUGUAUUACAGGCCGAUUCUGGGUCAGAUGAAAGAGCUGCUUUGAAGUCCCCACAGUGGCUGCUAUCCUUUGAGGAGGGGGCUGUGUAUUUUACUGAGGAGGAAUGGGAUCUCCUGGAUCCAGGCCAAAGGGCUCUCUACAAGGAAGUCAUGCUGGAUUACUGUGAAGUUGUAAACUCUCUGGGAAGUGUCAAGCCAGACCUCAUCUGCUGGCUUGAAGAAGCAAAACACUUGUUCAUCCAGGACUUGGAUGAAGAGAAGGGGUUGACAGCUAUUUUUUCAGGUGAUGGUUGGGACAGUGAAUGCUAUCAGAUCCCAUCUGUUGUGUCCAAGGAUGUAACCAAGCACAGCGAUGGGGAAAGGCUUCUUAAGACAGAUCAAAGAACUCACAUUGGGAAGAAACUAUUUAAAUACCUACAGUGUGGGGAGAGCUUCAGCCAGAAAGAGUACCUUAGUCAGCAUCAGAGAAGUCAUAUGAGAGAGAAAAGGUAUGAGUGCAUGGAGUGCGGAAAGAGCUUCAGUAAGAAAAGCGGGCUUAGGAGACAUCAAAGAAGUCACACAGGGGAGAAACCGUAUAAGUGCAUGGAUUGUGGAAAGAGCUUCAGUGAGAAAGGGAGACUGAGGAUACAUCAAACAACACACACAGGGGAGAAAGCAUUUAAAUGUAUGGAUUGUGGAAAGAGCUUCAGUGGGAAAGGGAUCCUUAGGGGACAUCAAAGAACUCACACAGGGGAGAAACCGUAUACAUGUAUGGAUUGUGGAAAGAGUUUUAGUGGGAAAGGGGACCUUAUUAGACAUCAAAGAACUCAUACAGGGGAGAAACCGUAUAAAUGCAUGGAGUGCGGAAAGAGUUUCAGUGUUUAUGGAUCACUUACAAGACAUCAGAAUAUUCACAAAGAGGAGGCCCCCUAUGAAUGCAGGGAAUGUGGAAGAAACUUCAGGUGGAAAGAGCAGUUUAAGUAUCAUGAAAGAACUCACACAGGGGAGACACUGUUUAAAUGCAUCGAGUGUGGAAAGAACUUCAGUCGGAUUGGGCUUCUUCAGCAGCACCAACAAAAUCACACUGGGGAAAAACCAUAUACAUGCAUUGAGUGUGGAAAGAGCUUCAUUCGGAAAGAGCAUUUUCAGCGUCACCAAAAAGCUCACGUGGGAGAAAAACCAUAUAAAUGCAUGGAUUGUGGAAAGAGCUUCAGUCGGAGUGACUACCUUAGGCAGCACGAACGAAAUCACAGAGGGGAAAAACCAUAUAAAUGCAUGGAAUGUGGAAAGAGCUUUGGUCAGAGUGCACACUUUAGACAGCACCAAAGAAUUCAUACAGGGGAGAAACCAUAUAAAUGCAUGGAGUGUGGCCAGAGCUUCAGUAUUCGUGGAUCGCUUACUAUCCAUCAGAGAACUCACACAGGGGAGAAACCACAUAAAUGCUUGGAGUGUGGAAAGAGCUUCAAUCGGAGUGACCGUCUUAGGCAGCACAAACAAAAUCACAGAGGGGAGAAACCAUAUAAAUGCUUGGAGCAUGGACAGAGUUUCAGUGUUUGUAGAUCACAUACCAUCCAUCAGAGAACUCGCACUGGGGAGAAACCAUAUAAAUGCAAGGAAUGUGGAAAGACCUUCAGUGUUGGUGGAUCGCUUACUAAACAUCAGAGAACUCACACAGGGGAGAAACCAUAUAAAUGUACAGAUUGUGGGGAAAGCUUUAGUCAAAAUGGACACCUUAGGCAGCAUCAAAGAACUCACACAGGGGAGAAACCAUAUAAAUGCAUGGAGUGUGGAAAGAGCUUCAAUGUUUAUGGAUCUCUUACUAUCCAUCAGAGAACUCACAGAGGGGGAAAUUGUACAGAUACAUGGAGUGUGGAAAGAACUUCACUGCUGCUCGAUCACUUACUAGACAUAAUAUAAGUCAUACAGGCAAGAAAUCAUAUAAAUCUAUGGAACAUGGAAAGAAGUUCAGUCAGAAAGGGCUCCUUAGGAAGCAUUCUUAUAGAAUUCACUAGGAAAUCUGUCCAGUCCUGGUGAUUUACCUGCAUUAAUAUUCUUGAUAGCAUCCUGGGUUUCUCUUACAGUGAUAGGGCCUUUUUAAAAGCUGGGUAGUUAUCUGUCAAUUCUUUUAGUUGGCUGGAUUCCAGAAAUUCACCAGAUGUAAUUGAGGGGUUCAGUUGGUUUUUAUAUAGGAUAGUAUAAUGUUUAUUAAACUCAUUAAAUAUCAGAAGUUGUACUGAUUAGAUAGAAAAGGUUAGGGAAUUAGCUUCUUUUGAUAAAUUGUCUAAUUUGUUGAGAAACAAUUCAGUAGAAAUAUUCAGGUAAACAUGGGAUCCAUUUACAGAAUAUAUUAAUCGGAAAAGUAGAUUAUCAGAGUUGGAGUUGAAAUAUAAAGUAUAUUUCUUUUUAUUUUGAUUUGGGAUUAGAUAUAAAUGUAAGGUAUAUUUUUGUUAAAUAAAAUUAGAAGUAAAUAGAUAAUGGCGCGUUACAGACGGGCCCCUUGAGGCGCCGUCAUUACAUGCGAGGGGAGGCACUUCCUGACGCGCCUUGCCCCUUGCGCGUAAUGAGUGCGUCAAAAUGGCAGCGGCCUAUGCAGAUGGGCGCCGCUAUUUUGACGUCGCGGACGCACAGCGUCUGGACAUCACAGACUGGAAGUGGUGCUGCGAGGGAGCCACGCGGUUUGGCUGCUGUGGCUCCCACCACGCGGCUCUCUCGCGGAGCAACUGGCAGCGGCAUGAGACUGCCCCUUCUGGGCGGUCUGUAGCACGCCAAAGAGUGUAUGAAGAUUAGCGAGGAGAAAAUAUUUUGUUGGUUUAAAUACCAGUUAGAUGUGGGAGGUCAAAUUUUAAUUUUUAUGUUGUAUUUUGUUUUUGGAUGUUUUAAAGAAUUAGGGCAGGGGUCGGCAACCCCCAGCCCGCGGGCCACAUCCAGCCCGACGAGGCCUUGGGACUGGUCCGAGCCCGGUCCUGCCAUCGAUUGCCAAAGGCCCUGCGCCUGUGGCAAUCGCCGGCAGGACCGGGUCUCUCGCAUGGGGCCUUUGGCCUCUAAUGCAAGAGGUCAAAAGCCCCGCGCUCGAGCGGCCCUCAGCGAGGCUCCUUGGCCCUGCCCGGUCCCUUCCUUUGCG